AUGAAGUCACUGCUGAUCUCCUCGCUCCUGCUGCCCCUGGCAACCGCUGUGGCGCUCCCGGAGAGGGAGGCAAAGGUCGACUAUACCGGCUACAAGGUCCUGCGUGUCGACGUGGGUUCUGACGCCGCGGUCACAGAGGAGGUGUCCCAGCUCGCGGCCCAUGUGCUGAACCCUGGCAGUACCGGGGCUGUCGAUGUCGUAGUCGCCCCUGACUCGGUGUCUGCCCUCGAGGGACUUGGCUUAAGCAGCACUGUUCUCGAUGAGGAUCUCGGCGCCAGUAUCGCUGCCGAGGGCGAGAUCUCUGAAGCUCUAGCUGUUCCCGACGCCUCAUGGUUCACCGCGUACCACGCUUAUGCAUCCCACCUAACCUUCCUGAACGACCUCCAAGCCAGCUUCCCAGCCAACUCGGAGGUCUACACCGCCGGCACGUCGGUCGGCGGGCGUGCCCUGACCGGCAUCCAUAUCUGGGGCAGCGGCGGCAAGGGCUCCAAGCCCGCGGUCGUCUUCCACGGCAACGUCCACGCCCGCGAGUGGAUCACGUCCAAGACCACCGAGUACAUCGCGUACACGCUGCUGACGCAGUACGCGUCCAACGCCGCCGUCAAGGCCGUCGUCGACAAGUUCGACUUCUACAUCACGCCCGUCGUGAACCCGGACGGCUUCGUCUACUCCCAGACCACGGACCGCCUGUGGCGCAAGAACCGCCAGACCGUCAGCGGCAACUCGUGCGUCGGCCGUGACAUCAACCGCAACUGGCCGUACCAGUGGUCCGUCGCGGGAGGCGCCUCUACGAACCCUUGCUCUGAGACGUACAAGGGCCAAGCAGCGGGCGAUGCUCCCGAGAACAAGGGCCUCGUGGCUCAGAUCCAGCAGCUGAAGGCAUCCAACGGUAUCAGUCUUUACAUCGACUUCCACUCUUAUGGCCAGUACAUUCUCUGGGCUUAUGGCUACAAUUGCGCCGCUACUGCCGAGAACAACGCCGCCCUUCAAUCCUUGGCUACUGCUGCUAGGAGUGCUAUUGCGGGCGUCACUGGAACGUCGUACACCAUCGGAAAGUCCUGCAGCACGCUGUACGCCACCACCGGGUCCAGCGUGGACUACAUCGAUGCCACGGGCAACGCAACAUACAGCUAUACAUACGAGCUGAGGGACACGGGCACGUAUGGCUUUGUGCUGCCGGCCAACCAGAUCAGGCCAACAGCCGUGGAGACUUGGGCUGGCGUGCUGGUUAUGCUCCAGAGGGCUUAA